AUGUUGUUCGCUUUGUACCCCUUGUCAGUAUGUUAUCAUACAUUGCUAUUAUGCACUUUAGAUGAAGAACCCGUUUGUGACACAACGAAACUAUCUCAUCGAGAACUUACUCGAUUGUCCAUAAAGAUUGUCGGGGAAUAUGAUGUAAUUGCGGGAUUGGCUAACAUAGACAAAUGUGAAGUAGAAAACGUGAACCAGGAUUACAUUAACUACCGACAGCCAAAGCACAGGGCCAAACAAAUUUUAAGUAUGAUCAUUGACCGAACCAACUUCAGCCGUAAAGAACUUGGUGAUUGCUUAAAAGAAGCAGGAUUACAUGACCUGGUGGAUGAAGUAGUACAGGGAACAUUAAGGCGUUGUCCUGAUGACGCUGUUUCGUCAAAUGAAACUACCGAAAGUUAG